GCGCACGUCACGUGACCCCGCAAGGCAGCACUCCGCCCCCAGCAGCGCGCAGGCGCGGUGCGAGCCUCUUCCAACGGCUGCCGAGCGCCACUGAGAGGAGAGAGAGCGGCCGAAUAAACAACAACAACAACAACAGCAGCAUUUACCACGGAGUGACGCAGCGGCCGGCUAUCUGCGCCACCACCAGCGCUGCGCUCACCAGUCACAAGGGAGAGUGGCCUGAGGAGGCGGUAGCAGGGGCGGCGGGCGAGUAGACAGGAGGGAGGGGAGCCGGGCUGUCUGGGGGCGCUGGGAUCUCCCUGGUGACGCCGCUCGCUCUGCCCCCCCUACACUCCCCCAUGCACCGGGGCAGAGCAGAGCUGCUGCGGAUGAUUCGCACUGUCACAGCGGUCGCCACUUGUCUGUGGGCCCGGGCCACCAUAGGCAGCCGCGGCCUCCUGCCUCACCUGAGUGCCAGAGGGGCUGUGCGAUCCCGGGGUCACUGAGCCCCGUACCCCACGCCCCGCCUGUGCCUCCCCUCCUCCCCCUCUCCUAGCUGUAUGUAUACACACAGCUGUCAUAUAUGUACAGGCAGCUGUCAGCUCCAAGCGGUGUCCAUGAGCCGCCCCCCUGCUCCUUCCCCCACAGGGGUGCUCUCUCCAUAUGCUGCCCCUACUAAGGGGCACCACUUACACCGGCUCUAACCGUAUGGACAGUCUCCUGCCUUAAUAUUGGCCCCUUCCGCCUCCCAAAGGGACCUAUCACUGGGGGACGUGUGACACCUUCCCUGCUGGACCAAUCCUUCCUCACCUUGUCUGCUUCAGGGUUACACUGCACAGCACAGACCUGUACAGGCCUAGCCAUGCAGGCCCCCCAGCUCCAGUACGAUUUCUUCUGUGAGGAAAAUGCCCCUAAGUGGAGGAAUUUGCUCGUGUCCUCCCUGAAGAAGGUUCAAGUACAGGUCCAUCCCAACCUCUCAUCAGCCGAAGAUGCUCUCCAGUAUGUUGAAGAGUUAAUUCUGCAGCUGCUUAGCAUGCUCUGCCAAGCUCAGCCCCGCAGUGUCCUGGAUGUUGAGGAGCGUGUUCAGAAAAGUUUUCCUCACCCCAUAGAUAAGUGGGCAAUUGCUGAUGCUCAAUCUGCUAUUGAGAAGAAAAAGCGUCGGAAUCCUUUAUCUCUCCCUGUAGAUAAAAUCCAUCCUUUGUUAAAGGAGGUCUUAGGUUAUAAAAUUGAUCAUCAAGUAUCUGUUUACAUAGUAGCAGUAUUAGAAUACAUUUCUGCUGAUAUAUUAAAACUUGUUGGGAAUUAUGUACGGAAUAUAAGGCAUUACGAAAUUACAAAGCAAGACAUAAAGGUUGCAAUGUGCGUGGACAAGGUAUUGAUGGAUAUGUUUCAUCAAGAUGAAGAAGACAUGAGUGUGUUGUCCUUGGCUGAUGAAGAGCCAUCCACUUUAGGGGAACAAACGUAUUACGACCUAGUUAAGUCCUUUAUGGCAGAAGUUAGACAAUAUAUAAGGGAACUGAACCUCAUUAUCAAAGUAUUCAGAGAACCUUUUGCAUCAAACACAAAACUCUUUUCAACUCAUGAUGUAGAAAAUAUAUUUAGUCGAAUCGUUGAUAUCCAUGAACUUAGUGUGAAGCUACUUGGCCUUAUUGAAGACACCGUGGAAAUGACAGAUGAAGGCAGUCCUCACCCAUUAGUAGGAAGCUGCUUUGAGGAUUUAGCAGAGGAGUUAGCCUUUGACCCAUAUGAAUCCUAUGCUCAGGAUAUUCUCCGACCAGGUUUUCAUGAUCAUUUCCUUGGUCAGCUUUCGAAGCCCGGUGCUGCUCUUUAUUUACAGUCUAUAGGGGAAGGUGUUAAAGAAGCUGUGCAAUACGUUUUGCCUCGGCUACUUCUAGCUCCUGUUUACUACUGCCUGCACUACUUUGAAUUUAUUAAGCAAUUAGAAGAGAAAAGUGAGGAUGAGGAAGAUAAAGAAUGUUUGAAACAGUCCAUAACUGCCCUACUCAACCUCCAAAGCAGUAUGGAAAGGAUAUGUUCCAAGAGCCUGGCAAAGAGACGUCUCAGCGAAUCUGCAUGUCGUUUUUAUAAUCACCAAAUGAAGGGAAAACAGUUAGCCAUUAAAAAAAUGAAUGAAAUUCAGAAAAACAUUGACGGAUGGGAGGGAAAGGACAUUGGACAGUGCUGCAAUGAAUUCAUCAUGGAGGGGGCCCUAACACGAGUAGGGGCCAAACAUGAGAGACACAUAUUCCUCUUUGAUGGCUUGAUGAUCUGUUGUAAGUCAAAUCAUGGACAACCUAGGCUACCAGGUGCCAGUAAUGCAGAGUAUCGUCUGAAAGAGAAGUUCUUUAUGCGAAAGGUACAAAUUAACGACAAGGAUGACACUAAUGAAUAUAGACAUGCUUUUGAGAUUAUCUUAAAAGAUGAAAACAGUGUUAUUUUUGCUGCUAAAUCAGCAGAAGAAAAAAACAACUGGAUGGCUGCCUUAAUAUCCCUGCAGUAUAGAAGUACGUUAGAGCGAAUGUUAGAUGGGACUAUUUUACAGGAAGAGAAGGAAGAGCAGCUGAGGCUCCCGAGCCCCAAACUGUACAGGUUUGCAGAGCCGGACUUGGAGGAGAAUAUUAUAUUUGAGGAAAAUGUACAACCCAAAUCUGGUAUCCCCAUCAUCAAGGCUGGGACUGUAGUGAAACUCAUCGAAAGACUAACUUUUCACAUGUAUGCAGACCCCAACUUUGUUCGAACAUUUCUUACAACGUAUAGAUCUUUCUGCAAACCACAGGAGCUCCUGAGCCUUCUUAUAGAAAGGUUUGAGAUUCCCGAGCCUGAACCAAGUGAAGCAGACAGAAUUGCCAUGGAAAAUGGUGACCAACCCCUCAGUGGAGAGCUAAAAAGAUUUAGGAAAGAAUACGUACAACCUGUACAACUGCGGGUUCUGAAUGUUUGUCGACAUUGGGUAGAACAUCAUUUCUAUGACUUUGAACGAGAUUCAGAUCUGUUAUUGCGACUAGAAGAAUUUAUAGGAACAGUUCGAGGAAAAGCAAUGAAAAAGUGGGUAGAAUCAAUUACAAAGAUCAUUCAACGGAAAAAGCAAGCUCAAGCCAAUGGACCUAGUCACAAUAUAACAUUUGAGAGCUUACCGCCUUCUAUAGAAUGGCACAUCAGCAGGCCUGGCCAGAUAGAAAGCUUUGACCUGCUUACUCUACAUCCUAUAGAGAUAGCUCGGCAGCUGACCUUGUUAGAGUCUGAUCUUUACAGAGCUGUACAGUCUUCUGAACUUGUUGGUAGUGUAUGGACUAAAGAAGAUAAAGAGAUUAACUCUCCUAACCUCUUAAAAAUGAUUAGACACACCACCAACCUCACUUUAUGGUUUGAAAAAUGUAUUGUAGAAACGGAAAACCUUGAAGAGCGAGUGGUUGUUGUGAGUCGUAUAAUUGAAAUUCUUCAGGUCUUUCAAGAGCUAAACAACUUUAAUGGAGUACUUGAAGUCGUAAGUGCCAUGAACUCCUCACCAAUUUACAGGCUCGAUAACACAUUUGAGCAAGUCCCAAGUCGCCAAAGGAAGAUUCUAGAAGAAGCUCAUGAAUUGAGUGAAGAUCACCAAAAGAAAUAUUUGGCUAAACUCAGGUCAAUUAAUCCACCAUGUGUGCCUUUCUGCGGAAUUUAUUUGACUAAUAUUUUAAAAACAGAAGAAGGCAACCCUGAUUUUUUGAAGAGACAUGGGAAAGAACUGGUGAAUUUUAGUAAGAGGCGGAAAGUGGCCGAGAUAACUGGGGAGAUACAGCAGUACCAGAAUCAGCCUUACUGUUUACAGGUAGAGGCUGAUAUCCGGAAAUUUUUUGAGAAUCUGAAUCCAAUGGGGAAUGUUGCAGAAAAGGAAUUUGAGGAUUAUUUGUUUAAGAAGUCAUUAGAAAUUGAGCCACGGAAUGCUAAGACUUUGCCAAGAUUUCAAAAAAAGUACACUUAUACCCUCAAGUCACCUGGUGUGCGGCCGUCAAACACAAGACCGGGUACAAUGCGGCACCCUACGCCAUUACAGCAGGAACCAAGGAAAAUCAGCUACAGCCGCAUCCCUGAGAGUGAAACUGAAACGGCGGCCUCUGCCCCAAACUCUCCUCGGACGCCCUUAACGCCACCUCCUCCAUCUGCAGCAUCAAGCACCACUGAUGUCUGCAGUGUCUUUGAUUCAGACCCAUCAAGUCCCUUUCAUUCACGUUCUGCUUCAGUAUCUUCACUUAACUUCACUAAGAAUUGUGAUGAAAUGCAGGUUCCUCCACCUGUUCCUCCCCGCAGGCGACCGGAGUCAGCCCCAACAGAGUCCUCCCCCUCAAAGAUUAUGUCUAAACAUGGGGACAGCCCUCCAGCAAUCCCACCUCGGCAACCCACGUCAAAAGUAUACUCCCCACGGUACACCAUGUCUGACCGCUCCUCAGUCUCCGAAGGACCUGAUAGCCCUCCACUUUUACCACCACGGGAACCAGUGCGUACUCCAGAUGUCUUCUCCAGUUCUCCACUACACCUUCAACCGCCUCCUCUUGGACGGAAAAGCGAACAUAGCACCACUUUCUUUCCCUAUAGUCCAUCACCAUUCACCCCACCUCCACCACAGACUCCAUCCCCUCAUGGAACCAGAAGACAUCUGCCUUCUCCAUCUUUAAUAGUGCAAGAUCUAGAACUGCAUACUGUGACUGGGCCUCCUGUCCCACCCAGGCAAAGCACUUCUCAGCCUAUUCCAAAACUUCCCCCAAAAACUUACAAAAGGGAGCCGCCACAUCCUUCUAUCCACAGAGAUGGACCCCCAUUGUUGGAAAAUGCCAAUUCAUUGUAAUACAAAUAGUCUAUUCUAAACACUAAAAACUUGUGUUUCUUCAAAAGCAAAACAUUCAUGAAAGGAAUAAACUAGCUGCAAGAAUGCCAUGGAUCUAAACUGUGUUAAGUGACAGAAGGGAUAUCCUGUCUCCUUGCUAUUCCGCCUGGAUGCAUAUUGCACCAUUAAAGACUCUGUUAAGCAGGAGUAAGUCGAACAGUUAAUGAUUAACUGAAAAGUAGUAAAGAUGGAAACCACCAAGGUUAUGGUAACAUAAUGUCAAAGAGAUUCAAACUAGAAUAUUAUGCACUUUUUAUAUAUAUAUAUAUAUAUAUAUAUAUAUAUAUAUAUAUAUAUAUAUAUAUUUCUAAACAGGGAUAUUUAUAUCCGACUUAAAUUCUCUUUUGCUUCGUGCCUCUGCUUUAAAAUUCUUUUAUAAAAUCACAAGAAGCUUUGUGAUGACUAUCUGUGGUACCCGACUUUAUAUAAGUAAAGUAUAGCGCUGUAUUGCCCGUUCAGUUUACAAAGUGUUUCACGAAUUCUAUUGGUACCUGCCUCACCAAAGAGGUACUUUUUUGUUUUUAUUUUAAUUUCUGUAUUUUCUUUUCAUUUUUUUUUUUUUUUUAUAAAAAGACAAAUGAUUUUGGUGCCAGUUUAAAAAAAAACAAAAAAAAAUACAUUUUAGCUGGAAAGAAUGUGCAAUUAUUGCCUUCACACAGGGGAAACAGUCUUAUCAUUAAAGCAGUAGCAAAGCUG